UAACAUGUUGUGCCAGAAGCAUUAAUAAUUUCUCAUACAAUAGUUACUAUUUGUUCAUUGUAUCCUAAUUCCCCUAGGAUCAUGUGUAAAAUUGGAUUUUGGAGCCCAUUGGGCUUGGAAUUUGGGCCACGCUCCAACCCACCAACCCUCAUACAAAUUUCCCACCACACGUUUCGCGAUUUUCCGAAUCAAAUUAGAAUUAACUGAGCCACCCAUUCGCGUCCACUAAAACGACAUAUAUGAAGCAUUCGUGAUCACAAACAACGGUCGUUUUAGUUCCCUCUCUGUUCCUCAGUCACUCUACUCUCUUCCAUCAUUCUCCAUGAUCACCUGCAAGGCUCCGAGCUUCGACUCCCAAACCCUAUCAAUCCGAAUCACGUACCAAACAACCGCGCAAUUUCUACGACAUAUACGAUUUAAGUCUUCUCGGCUCAACAACCGCCUAGCCUUUUCUUCCAAAAGAAGAAACUACGUGACGAAGAGAAACAGUCACAAAGCUCAUAAGAAACUGAAAGUAGUGGCUGAUUUCGAUGGGGACGGCGGUGAGGCAAGAGGAGGAGGAGGGGAGAGAGAGGUGCAUUGUGAGGUCGAAGUGAUAUCAUGGCGGGAGAGAAGAAUUAAGGGCGAGAUUUCGGUGAAUGCGGAUCUAAAAUCAGUCUGGAGUGCUCUCACGGACUACGAGAGGCUUGCCGAUUUUGUUCCCAAUCUUGUUAGUAGUUCGACAAUUCCUUGCCCUCACCCUGGCCGGAUAUGGUUGGAGCAGCGGGGAUUGCAGAGAGCACUAUAUUGGCAUAUUGAAGCUCGUGUUGUGCUGGAUCUCCAAGAAGUUCGCACUUCUGCCAAUCAUCAUGAACUCCACUUCUCCAUGGUCGAUGGGGACUUUAAAAAGUAUGAAGGGAAAUGGUCCUUACAAUCUGCGACAAGGUCUUCCGCUUCUAAACUUACAUAUGAAGUCAAUGUGAUACCUAGAUAUAACUUUCCUGCUAUUUUCUUGGAAAGGGUUAUCAAAUCUGAUCUUCCUGUGAAUCUUCGAGCCAUGGCUUGUCAAGCUGAGAGAAAUUUUGGAGGGAAUCAGAAAAUGCCAACCAAUAUCCUCACUCUGCCUGGUGGGGGUUCUGGUGGUGCUUUUCAUGAGAAGGAUAAAUUAUUAUCGGGAGAUUCAAAAGAGACUUAUUCCAGCUCCAAUUUUGGUCCCAUGCCUCAAUCUCCAAAUGAAUUGAAGAGUAACUGGGGUAUAUUUGGGAAAUUUUGCCAGCUUGGUAGGCCUUGUCUGGUGGACGAAGUUCAUCUGCGCAGAUUUGAUGGUUUAUUGGAAAAUGGGGGUGUUCAUCGAUUUGUAGUUGCCAGCAUAACUGUAAAGGCUUCUGUUCCUGCAGUUUGGAAUGUGUUGACUGCUUAUGACAGACUUCCUGACAUUGUUCCAAAUCUAGCCAUCAGUACGAUUUUAUCACGAGAAAACAAUAAAGUCCGCAUUCUUCAGGAAGGAUGCAAAGGCCUGUUGUAUAUGGUGCUUCAUGCACGUGUUGUUUUAGAUUUGUGUGAACAUCUUGAAUGCGAGAUCAGUUUUGAACAAGUGGAAGGUGACUUCGACUCAUUUAAAGGAAAAUGGCUCCUAGAGCAAUUAGGAAGUCAUCACACAUUACUAAAGUACAGUGUGGAGUCCAAAAUGCGCAGAGGUGCUUUUCUCUCUGAAGCAAUCAUGGAAGAGGUCAUAUAUAAAGAUCUCCCUUCGAACUUAUGUGCAAUUCGUGACUAUGUUGAGGAAAGGGAAGCCGUGAACUCUCUGGAAACAUGUGAUGAUACAGAAUAUCCAGAGACACUCAGUGCUUCUGGCAGCGAGAUUGGUGUUGAUUCUGAUGAGGCAGACGAGGUUGUAACUGAUAUCACUGCUCCUGUAUCAUCUAGACAAAGACCCAGAGUACCUGGCUUGCAGAGAGAUAUUGAGGUGCUUAAGUCUGAGCUGUUGAAAUUUAUUUCGGAACAUGGACAGGAGGGGUUUAUGCCCAUGAGAAAGCAACUUCGUCGGCAUGGUAGGGUAGAUAUUGAGAAGGCCAUUACACAGAUGGGUGGAUUUAGGAAGAUUGCAUCAUUGUUGAAUCUCUCCCUUGCUUACAAACAUCGCAAACCAAAGGGUUACUGGGACAAUCUUGCGAAUUUACAGGAAGAGAUUAGCCGAUUUCAGAGGAGCUGGGGAAUGGACCCAUCAUAUAUGCCUAGCCGAAAAUCUUUUGAGCGUGCAGGUCGUUAUGACAUUGCUCGUGCAUUGGAAAAAUGGGGAGGCCUUGGUGAAGUUUCUCGUCUUUUGUCACUUAUGGUGAGGCACCCAAAGAGGCAGACAAACAUCUCCAAGGAUAAGGAAGUUGGGCAUGCUGAAGAAACACAGAAAUGGGUUAUGAAAAUGAAGGAUUUGGACAUUAAUCGGGUUGAAUAAGUAAGCCUUUUGCGCGGUAGUUUGGCAGAACAAAUCAAUGGCAACGACAGCUUGUUUUAUCAUCGUAAGCCGGAAUGAUAUCCCUAUAUAUGAAGCUGAAGUUGGAUCUGCUGCUAAA